UAAAAAGCGGCGCAGGUCGCAGCGCAGCUCAGACUUUCUCCGCUCAGGUGCGCCGCCUUCCACACAGAGAUGCGCGUUAUGGAGCGCACUUUCCGAGAGCAGCUCUUCUUCCUGGUGCUGUGCCUGUCCGUCCUCAAGGGAGACUCCAGAUAUAUCGAGAACAACGAGAUCUCAAAAGAUGAAUUAUAUUCAUUUUUCAACUCGGAACUCAAGAGAGAAAUACCUGAGGAGUUGAUGUAUCGCCGACCUUUACGUUGUCUGGACAUGGUGGCGGUGGAGGGUCAGUUCACCUUCACAGCGGAGCAUCCUCAGCUCAGCUGUGCUGCUUUCCUCAUGGCAGAGCCCACUGAGGUGAUCACUGUGGACUACGACAGUGUGGACAUCGACUGCAGGGCGGGAGACUUCAUCACGGUGUUUGACGGCUGGGUGAUGAAAGGAGAGAAGUUCCCCAGCUCCCAGGAUCACCCACUGCCUCUGUACGAGCGCUACGUGGAUUACUGCGACUCCGGCUCGCUGAGGAGAAGCGUGCGCUCCUCUCAGAACGUGGCCAUGGUCUUCUUCCGCAUUCACAGCGCCGGCAGCAGCUUCACCCUGACGGUCAGGAAGCACAUCAACCCUUUCCCCUGUAAUGUCAUCUCCCAGUCACCAGAGGGCAGUUACACAAUGGUGAUCCCGCAGCAGCACAGGAACUGCAGCUUCUCCAUCAUUUACCCAGUGGCGAUCGAGAUCUCAGAGUUCAGCCUGGGACACUACAACGACUUCCCCAAGAGGUCCAUGCCUGGAUGUGCAGAGUCUGGAGAUUUCGUGCAGUUGCUGGGAGGAAAUGGCAUCGACACAUCGAAGCUGCUGCCCAUCACAGACCUCUGCAUCUCCUUCACUGGCCCCACUCACAUGAAGAUCGGCUGUGACAACACGGUGGUGAGGAUGGUGUCCAGCGGGAAGUUUGUCAACCGAGUGUCUUUCAGCUACCGGCUACUGGACAGCCAGGAACUUCAGACCAUCAAACUCAACAACGUGGAGGAUUUCUGCUUCAACACCUGAUCCCUGCAGGAUCAUAAAGUGACAGGUGUAUCAUUUGACUGCAAACAUUUUUUAAAUUAUUUUAUUAAAAGCAUCAGAUCCACCCGGUCAAGAAUAAAAUAUACACAGUCGCAGAGAUAUUAUCAUAUUUAAAACUACAAAAUUCACCCGCCUUUUUUUGGUUUGUUUGUUUGUUUCUUCUUUUUUUUUUAGUUGUCUGUUGCUGAAUAAAGCUUCAUCACUUUU